UUUGCCUAGGGCGUGAAACUUCCUUGCACUGGCCCUGGGCUCCAGGCCCUCGCGAAGGAAGCAGGUGCCUGGGGUGGCCAAUACAAAGGGGCAGCACUACAGUGACAAGCUGCUCAGUCCCUCUCUUCCUGUUUGAGCUGCUGCCUAACCUGCUUUUUUUUUUUUUUUCCGCCGCUUGGGGCGGCAGAAAACCUUGGCCAGCUCUGCAUGCCAGCUCCUAUUCUUUUACUUCCUGAAGAGGAGGAAAUGGUCAGAGGAUGGACAUGUGUAAGACCUUAGACCUAAGCCAAUGUCCUAUACUGGAAUAAAACAAACACUAAUUCCUUUUUCUUAUGCUGUUGGGGAAGGAAGUGGUACAGGCUCUCUUCCCUGACCCAGCGACACAUCUUCAGAGAGGAGCUGGUGCCAGCAAAGUUCGGUUUGCAGGCUACAGCAAAGCAGCGUCUGUCUUUUUGCUACUUGCACCCAGUGUUGGGCUCACAUCCACCAGCAGGGAAAGAUAAAGCCUGGGUCAAAUAGCAGUGGAGUUCAAAUGAGGGGAAGGGAGGGCUGGAAGGAAGAUACACAGAAAAAGGUGCUGUGGUAGUGGUUCUGAAAGUUUUGAAUAUUAGGCUUAAAUUAACUGGCUCUUUCUUUUAAUCCUGCCAUCAGUUCUUGGGUUUGUUUUCAAAAUCCACGCUGAAACUAGAAAGGAAAGAAAAGGGGGAAGAAAAUUCCUGUUCAGGUGGUUUGCUAUGUACUGCUGUCAAAAGCUAUAGCAGAGGGGCUGGAGUAUUAUCUAUGUUAUAUAGAGCCCUUAACUGCUUCAAAGCAUGGCACCAAUACAUACUGAGCCUGCGCACCCCUCCAGGGUAGGUAAGUGUUAUCCCUGUUUCAUAGACUCUUAGCAGGCCUGAUUCUCCUCACACUGGUUCUAACUCUGAUUUUUUGAAGGAGGGUCCUCCUACUUUAUGCCAAUGUAAAAGAGGGAAAUCAGGCCUGCCAAGAGUUGGAGUCUCGGAAGUGCUGAGCACCUUUGAAAAUUCAGAUCCUAAAGGGACGUACACUGCCAUAAAACACCCCAGGCUGGCCCGGGUCAGCUGACUCAGGCUCACGGGGCUACAAAAUUGUACUGUAGAUAUUUCUGCUAGGGCAGGAGCCUGGGCUCUGGGAUUCCAUGAGGGAGGAGAGUCCUUAAUGGUGUCUUUGUUCUGGGGAGAGGAUCUAUCCCUUUCCUACCUGCCACACACACAUUUGUUCUUUGUUUUUUUUAUCAUCCUUUCAGCUUGGGGCUGCGUAUCACGGCGCUGCCGGCUAUUUCCUUUCUAGCACUUUCUCACAAACCAAAGGGAGUGUCUUUCCCUGACACUGAAGGCAGAAAGAUGAAAAAUGGACUCAGACAGGCAAGGUUUGAAGGAUGGGCUUUUCCAAAGUGCCCCUGGGCCUCUCUGCUCUCACGGCAGGCAGUGGGAGCUGAGUCAGGCCGGGGACAAGCAUUCCCGGAAAUCUUACGCCAACGCUCUGUGGCAGUUACCUAGUGUGCCUGCAGCCACAGUAACUUCUAGUCUGUUUAUUAACACAGUGACACUCAGCAUUCUGGCUGGGGCUGGCUAAUGCUAUUGCAGACAGACAGACCGACCGCCGCCCUUCCUGCAGCUCUGCCAAAGCGCCUCCUGCCCUACCAGCCCACCUCCAAGUGCAGCUUUAGUUGUGCGGAGUGAGCUGUGUGGUGUUUGCUAAUGUGUCCACUAGGGACCAGGCUAUGACCACCCAACUCUCUCUCACUUCCGCCCAGAACCAGAGAAAAGGCUGAUGCUGCCUCUCCUGCCAUCCAUCAUGACCUGUAUCAUAUGUGUAUGACUAUAGAUUAGAAUGACUCUUUCCUGUCUACCUCUGUUUCUCUUAGUAACCAGGUAACACAGAAGCAGUGCCCUUCAUGGUGUAGACUCAUUAAAACAGAACCAUAUGAAAGAGACGAUCUGCCUGCAAAUGGCCUGGCUGAACCCUGUACUGGAAAAAAAUUCCAAGGCUUUUUCAACUCCAUUUAAGUAAAACAUUGUGUCUAUACCUAAAUAUGAACAGAACUCAUCCUCAGAGAAGUUUUGGUGGAAUCUCAUUUGACUCAACAAAGUCCUCUGAAGAAAGAGAUCGCUGCCAGGAAUGCAGUGCAUGUUUAAGUUGUACUCGAAGAUGCCUCUGUAUCUCCAUUAUUGCACUGCUUGCACUCGGCGUCGUAGGUGCCGUCAUUGGUUUCGCCGUCACCUUUGGACUCCCGCCACCCACUCCUGUAAACCGUUUCUGUGUGACUUCAGGUAACCAGACUGGCUUUUUGUGUGAUGACAGAGUGACUUGCCUUCCAGCCAGUCAGAUCUGCAACAGAAUCAGAGAGUGUGUUAAUGGAGAGGAUGAGCAGAAGAAAUUAUGUAAUGAUUUGCCCAGUAACCUUCCAGGAUACUUGAUCUUCCGCUGCAGCAACGCUGUGUACUGGAUCUAUGCUGAUCAGAAGUGUAAUGGUGCGAAUGACUGCGGAGACUGUUCUGAUGAAAAGGGGACCUUGGCUAGCUGCCCUCCUUGCGGGACUCAGUGGUGGAGAUGCACACCGGUGUUUUUCGAGUAUUGCACCUGCAUUCCUAGGGCCUUCUGCCAAGACAGAAUCCAGCACUGCUCAGACUGGUCUGAUGAGUAUGCCUGCAAUAGAUGAAGUAGGUAGAGCCAAGAGGUAGCUAUGCCCCCCAGGGCAUAGUCUGCAUUCUCACCUGCCAGCCUUCUCCUCCUGCUGCUUUAAUACCCUGGGUUGAAGCUUUUGUCUGAAAAUGACACAGCCUAGUGGUUUCCUGACUACCCUACAACAGCACUGAAAGAAGGAGAGGACAGGGGCGGCUCCAGGCACCAGCACAGCAAGCGCGUGCCUGGGCGGCAAGCCGUGGGGGGCAGGCUGCUGGUCACUGUGAGGGCGGCAGUCAGGCAGCGCCCGUUUCUGCGGGAGGUCCGCCGGUCCCGCGGUUUGGGCGGCAAUUCGGCAGCGGGUGCGAUGAAGGCGCGAGACCAGCAGAUCACCCACAGCACCACCGCCAAAUCCACAUGACCAGCAGACCUCCCGCAGAAACGCCGCUGAAGGCUGCCUGACUGCCGUGCUUGGAGCCGCACAAAACACAGAGCCGCCCUUGGGAGAGGAGUACUAUAUAACAGACUCAGCACAGGACUGGGAGCCACGGAUGGCGCAGUUCUAAGCCUGUGUCUCUUGCUGACUCACUAUGUGAUCAUGGGCAAGUUGCUCACCUUGCUAUGUCUUGGUUUCCCCAUCUGUAAAAUGGGGAUAAUACUGCUCUACCUCCCACUGUGUGGUGAUGGUUAACUAGUUACCACCUGUAAAGUGCUUUGAUGAUACAAAGUGUUAGCUAUGGGUUGAGGUUGCAAUUGUUGAGUUGUAUAUGCAAGUCUGCAGGGAGAGGAGGGAAAUUCCAGUAGACAGGGACUCUGUUUUUCUUUCCUUUUUAGGGGAAACCUCCCCGACAAAUACAGAUUAAGUAUUGACUAAAAUAAUAAUAAGACUAGUAGGUGACCUCACACUCUUUUUGGUUUUGAUAACAGUGCUCAUUGCUAUUUGAUCACUAAUCUGUUAGCAUGAAAGGAGGAGAAAUCCCCUGAGUCUUUUAUAUCUCUCCACUAUAUGAAACCAGGUUGCAAACACUCAUUGCUGUCUACCUAUUUAAAAAAAUAAAUCAUGGUAAAUAUCCCCUGAAAUUAAAUUGGGUCUACAUCUUUUCUGCAGAACUAUUUCUGACGUGAAAAUGAGCGGAAAUUUUAAAAUAAGGCUUUUAAAAUAAGUGUUAUUAAAAAUUCUACCUGUAUUCUUCCAUUAGUUUGUUGUUGUGAGGGACACAGACACCAUUUGUUAACAGUACAGUACACGUUGUGUUGUAGUUACUGAUCUUAAAGCAGUCCCUGCAGGUGUAUGUGUAAGACCUAGUUGCCCAUCCCAUAGUGGCUUUAUAGGGGAUCAGGUGGACAAGAUGCAAUAGUGAGCAAAGGGCCACCCCAAAAAGUGAGGUGAGCACAGAAACAUACAUUAGAGUUGGAUAGAACAGUGUGAGCUCUCCACACGUGCAAGUGUUGCAUGGAAGCCUUUCUAGCACUGAACUUUGAUUGUCCAUCAUCAUGGCAUUUUUGUGCUUCAGCACAUAGGAGUAGGACCUAUUCACAAUCCCCAAGCAGAAAACCCAAUGCUGCGUGGCAGAAACCAGCUGCCUAAGUGAAUGACCACAGCUACAAAGCAGAACACAGAAAUAGCUACAAUUGCAAACAGAGGGAAAGGCAAAGAGGAGAAACCCACCUUACAAAACCACUUCUCCUGCAAAGCCGUUUAGCAACAACCUGCUAAAGGCUAUCUAUCUGUCAGGCUUCCAGAAUGGUCCCUGAGCAGAUUAUUGCUCUUUUUGCCUGUAUUAUGUGUCUGAUUGGGAUGGUCAGUUUAUGAUGGUAGGGACUUUAUCUUCCUUUGUUUGUACGUUGCCAUUGGGGGGUGUGGCAGAAUGUGGGGCAACAACAGCUGUGCCCACACUCUGAUCAUUAUAUCACCAAUUAAAUCACCUCAGGCUGGGGGGAGAGGGGCAAAGCUGUGCCUGUUUGACAGAUUAGAAUGGGCUGGGGAGAGGUAAAGCACUAAUUAACCCUAGGCAGUAGAACAAGACAGGAAGGAAGUGGCAGGGGGAUCUAGAGAGAGAGAGGGGCAGGCCCAAGAGAGAUCUCCUCCCUUUUCCAGCCUUGGUAGGCUGAGAAAUUAUAUAUUAUUGCACUUAUAAAGGUGAUGGGGGAACACUGAAAAUACACCAUGGGUGGUGUUUAUGAGUAGAGCGUCUCCAAGCAGCCUGAAUGUGCAGAGAAAGACAGGCAGAAGGGACACCCUCUUACUUGUGUGGACUUGUACAGAUCAAGGUAAGAUCCUGGACAGAGAGCCUCCAGGGGAGAGGCCGAUGUGAAGGUUUGGCAGUCUGGAUGAUGGAGGAGAGCCCGCAAUGGCUGGUGGAACGGCAAACGGGAAUGCAGAAGACCCUGCAAAACUUCCACUAGUCACACCACCUGGAGAGGCAAGUGUUGCUUGCCUGGCAGGUAGACCAGCAAAAGAGCCUCUAUGACUUCAUCCAAGAGCAAAUGACUGUAGCAGCAGUUAUAACAAAGGGUGGUGAGUCCCAUGGCAGGAAAUGGCAAUGACGCACAGAGACUGACCUCUGUUAGAUGACCCCUAUGGAUGACCCCAAUGCUUUAAUGGGCACUUUUGGAAGGGUGGAUAUGGAUGCAGGCUGAGAGGGGAACCUGAGCCCUGUGGCUAUCCCUCUAUUUGACUGUGGCAGCCAAGGUGGUCUACACCAAUCUAAAUGAUGAGCAGGCCUCCGGCUACAAGAUGGUGAAGGCAGCCAUCUUGGAUUGGGUGAGCCUGUCUGCUGAAAAGUAUUGACAGAAGUUCUAAGCUGUGAGAUGGAUGUGGGAGGGGUCUGUGGCCCCAGGCAUUCACCCCAAAACUGGCAGAUUUGGCCAUCUGAUGUCUCAGACUGGACACCCAAACUGUGGGGGAGAUUAGUUAUGAUCUGAUUUUGGAGCCUCCCGAGAGCAUACAGGUCUGGGUCAGACAGCAUCAGCUAGGUACCUUAGAUGAAGCAGUUAAACUGACAGAGGAGAUUGCAAAGGCUGGCUUCCCCAGGAAAGAAGGCUGAACAUUUAGGGGAUCAGAUCAAGGGAAGAAGUGUGUAGAAAAGAAGAGAGAAGAGCCCAGAGAAGCUCGGACAAGUACUCAUACACUUACCUUUUACCAGAGUGGGCAGCAGGGACAUGUAAAAAGAAACUGCCCACACAUGGAAUGCAAGGUUUUGCCAAGUUAUGUGAUUGGGCUGGAAUUUGAAGGCAAGGGAAAGAAAAGAAACUGUCUACUAUUUCUGUAAUGGUGGGGAGGAAGUGUCAAAGGGGCCUGGUAGGCACAGCUCCAGCUUGCUUUCUGUUCCAGUGGGCAUUGGUUAAACCCCACUGGAUGGUUACAGGUAGUCUGAAAUUAGUGUGUGUCCAUAGGGAUAAAUAGCGCUGCCCUGUGGCAGAGGUAUCCCGGAGGUCCAUGGGAGGCUCACUUGGAAACAGGUAGGGGUAGUAGAUAGGUUACACCUCCCUAUUGUGUUGGACACCAACUGGAGGCCCUUCUUUUUGGGAAGACAAGCUGGCAUUGGGGGCCCCAGGUAGGGAAAUGCCUCUUGACAAGAAGAGACAAGCCAAGACAAGAGAGUUUCCUUGGAGACUGAGGGGGACAGGAAGGAAAACAAGGGGGAAGGUGUAGAUGCUACUAGACAGAAGGGGAGACCCCUGAGACACUGAAGGGGAGGGAAUGGAAAAUAAGGACAUAAGCCCAACGGAUAAAGAUAGCCUGAACUCAUUAAUGUGGGUUGGGUAGCCCCUGGAACCACCCGACAAGUGCACCAAGGGGAAAAACUCAGGUAUAGUUUGGCAGGAUAGGAGAACCAGGGGCAUGGCAGGGGGGUCCACUGGUCCCACCAUGAGGCAGAAGAGGUGAGAGUAGAUCAAGAGGCACUCUGGAGGAUCAAUGGUGUGAGGACCUGUGGAUCAAAACAGUGGGUGAAGGUUACCCCCACAAUUCUAAGUGUUUUCUGCCAGUGGAGAAGGGAAGACUCUAUAAGGAGGGUCUGGAUAUCAUCCAAAACACAGAGGAAGAACCCCACAAGGAAGCAUUUCUGGUAAGGGAGGGAGAGUGUGAGGUAAGAAAAAUCUUUGUCAGGUGACUGGGGGGAGGUAUGGGACACAGUGCUGGACAACAGUGACAGUACCUGCACUUGGAUCACCAAUUAAAUUGCCCCAGAGUAAAACUGGGGGUUGAAACUGUGCCUAAUUGACAGAUUAGAAUGGGUCAGACUGGGAGAUAGUUAAAACACUAAUUAACACAUUAGCUCAGGGAGUAGAACAAGAUGAAGGAAGGAAGUGGGCAUGGAGAGGGAGGGAGAAAGCAGCAGAGCCCAGAGAGAGCUCCUCCCUCUCCUGUCCCAGGCCUAGGGGGAUGAGGAAUUGUAUGUUAUUGUAGAUAACGGGGGUGGGGAAUUGUAAAUACAACAUGUGAGGUUUAAAAGCAGAGUCUAAGCAGUCUGUGUACACAGAGCAAGAGGGAAGCAUGGGGGUACUCUGUGACAGAGAAAAAGUGGGGUCCUUUCUUCCUCCUAUAACUUGUUACUGCCAGUGUAAGCCUUGUGAUAGGAUUUAAAGUAUAUUUAAUUUCUUAGAAGGAUAUAGUUAUGACAUGGCAGUUAUCUACUCUAAGGGCAACCACAGGAUUAAGCUGCUACUGUAUGGUUUGUACCAGGAAGUAUCGAAGUGAGAAAAAACUGUUCAGUAGCAGCCCUUGGAGACGUGGGCCACAGAAAAUCGGAUGUCCCAUAUGUUUCUUUGUGUGGAUGUUAAGUGACACAGAACCCAUUAACUGUUCACAGAUCCAUGAAAUAGCUGCAGCAGGCUCAGUGGUUGAGACUUUCAAAGCAGUCUGAGAAGUUUACGCAGGUGUCUUCCACUGUAAUUAAAGAAUGAUGCAAUCCCUUUAGACUGCUUUGAAAAUCUCAGCUAAUGUAUUCCUGAUUAGGGAUGUUAUGCUUGAAAGAAGCACAGCUUUAUAGUAAAUACAAUACAUCUAUGUUUAUAAGCCCACAAUAAGCAUCAGUCAGUAUUUUCCCUAGUCUCACCACCACCUCAGUUCACAUGUCAGUCCAUUCCUUUUCUCUGUGGCCUGUGCAAUCUGAAACAAUGGGUGUCCCCAUGACUUGUGUAAAUGGAGAAUGUUGAUUGUUACUUGUAGCUGGGUUACAGCAGUAGAUCCGAAACAUCCUUUGUAAAAUGGAUUUACUGUUUCCUGACUCAUACUUUUAUCUCGAAUGACACAGUAAAAGACUAUGUAAUGGAACAGCUACUAUAGCAACCUUUAAAGCUGUAUUUGGUAACCUAUCCCUGCAGAGCCGUAAAACCAAGUUAUAAUGGAUGGCUUCCUUUCCCCGUUUGUAGAAAAUGCUGCAGUGUAUUUAGUGCCUCAGCUAAGAGGAGACACGCUUAGAAAGCGUUAGUUGCAUAAGUAAAUAUUUUCACUUUGGAGCUUAAGACUUCCAAUCCAAGAUCAAAACAUUAAUCAGAGAUUCCUAGCUGUUUGAAUACUAAUGGCAGAUUAAUAGGAUUUGAAAUACAGGUCAUGCUCAGUUUUGACUUGAAAAUCACCCUAAUUUAACACUUCAGUAAAGCUAAUAUUGGGUUGGUAAAUUAAGCCUUUUUUGUUUUACUCAUUAUAAUUAUAGUUUGUGUUCCUCAUAUUAAACAAGGGAGCGUUCUGCGGCAAUCUAUAGGGAAUAAUGUUUGCACACUUCUUAAGAGGAGAGAGGAGGAUGUGGAGAUAACACUGCUGACCCUUCUGUUCUGCAUCUGAGCUCAGUCCAGCUCCCUUUGAACUCAACAGAAUCUUGUUGACUUCAGUGGAAAUUGGAUCAGGUUCUAGUUGGGUUCUAAAGUCCUAGGCUUUUUGCUUAUGUUAUGCUUUGUGACAACUUGAAGGUGCCCAUAAAGUUAAGUGUUUCACCUAAGGUUUCAUGCAUUUUUUCCCAAUGUCAUAGGUACAAGUGAGCUGCACCUAACAUGUGCUGCAUCCCAGGGAGCAUUCCAGGAAAUAAAAAGGCAGCAUAUUUUUAAAAGAUAAAAAUGGCUUGUUUAUCACACAGUAUAUUAGCCUGUGGAACACGUUGCCACAAGAUACUGCAGAGGCCAAUCUUUCAAUAAAUGGGUUGUUGCUUGUAUGGAUGAGAACAUCCAGAGUUACAUUAGUAAGGAUUAAAAUAAUCAGUGUUUGGAAGGGAUAUAAACCCUGAUGUUGCAAGGCAUAAACCAGUCACUAACUAAAGGGAGUUGGGAAGAACCUUACUUUGUAAUUGUCUACUACAGGGUUUCUUGUACCUUCUUCUAAGUGUCUGAUACUGGCCAUGGUUAGAAACAGGAUCCUGGCCUUGAGGGACCACUGUUUUGAUCUUUCUGGGCAAUUUUUAUGUUCUUAUACAACUUAUUCAAUAUUUUUACAACACCUAAAAGUGUUCUAGGUAUUUUAUAGAACAAAUAAGAACCAGCUGCAUUAUUUUAGACAUGAUGCCAAACUCAGGCAUCAUAAUCAAUAGACCGGGAGUGGGCUGGGAAAGGAUAGGGUUUACAGCAGUAAGCCUAACCACGUAACUAGCUUUUAAGCAUAUAUUAUUUCUAGAUGACUCUUAAGGAUUUCUUCAUUAUAGACUUGUUUCUUGCAGGCAUCAUGGAAGGAGUAUAUCUUGAGGGAUGUGACAAAAGAGAAACUAAAGAGUGGAUGGACUAGAGUUGGAGGGCAUGUCAUGGAUAGGAGGGGAGGGCUGGAAUUCUGAUUUUUGACAUAUGAUGUUACCUGAGGUUGUUCUCAGGGAGCAAUACAAGAGCAGCAUAGCACCCUUGCAUAUAUCAUUCAGGUUCUCACUAGGCUACAGUGGCAGUAUAUGGAAGGCAGUGUAUGGAAUUUAGCUUUGCUAACAAUUUUGGAGUAAAUUAUGCCUCAGGAAAUAUUUUUUUUCUUUCAAUCUGUCAACCCAAUAUUAGCUUUACUGAAGGGAUGGUGAGUGGCUAACACUAUUGCUCAGGUAGACUGCAGAGGGAGGGGGGAAAAAGUAAGAGUUUCAGAAAGAGAAGGAUCUAGAGCAGUGGCUCUGAACCUUUCCAGACUACUGUACCCCUUUCAGGAGUCUGAUUUAGAAUCAUAGAAUAUCAGGGUUGGAAGGGACCUCAGAAGGUCAUCUAGUCUAACUCCUUGCUCAAAGGAGGACCAAUCCCCAGAAAGAUUUUUGUCCCAAAUGGCCCCCUCAAGGAUUGAACUCACAACCCUGGGUUUAGCAGGCUAAUGCUCAAACCACUGAGUCUUGUGUGCCCCCAAGUUUCACCUCACUUAAACUAUUUGCUUACAAAAUCAGACAUAAAAAUACAAAUGUGCCAUAGCACACUAGUACUGAAAAAUGGCUUAUUUUCUAAUUUUUACCAAUAACUCUAAAAUCAAUUGGAAUAUAAAUAUUGUACUUACAUUUCAGUUUAUAGUAUAUACAGCAGUAAAAUCAAGUUUGUAUGAAACUUUAGUUUGUACUGACUUUGCUAGUGCUUUUUAUGUAGCCGAGUGUAAAUCUAGACAAAUAUCUAGAUGAGUUGAUAUACCCCCAGAAGACCUCUGUGUACUCCCAGGGUACAUGUAGCCUUGGUUGAGAAUCAUUGAUCUAGAGAAUACGGGAAGAUGUGACAAUAAUAGUACCAGAAAUUAUUUGUCAAUGCAGCAGGCAGCCAACUAUCACCAAAGAAUAACGCACCUCAGUACAGAAUGUUCAAGCCCAGAGA